AUGGCACGUCUUCAGCAAGAAGCAGCUCGACCACCAGCCGUGCCACCGAUGUUUAACACGUUGUUCCCGGCGCCAAAUCCUCUAGCGGCGCAUUUUGGCCUCAAUCCACACAUGCCACCCACAGGAAUCUUCCCGACUCCACUCAAUGCGUUCAACUCCUUGGCGGCUUUGAAUAAAUCGCAGCCACCUUUCGAGGAUGACGGUCCUAAGAAGAAAAGAAGCAAGGUAACCGAUAGUGUACGAAAAAUGAACGGUACACCGAUGGCACGCGAAGGAUCGCCGAGCAGUACAAGGAGCAGUCCAGUUCUUUCGCACUCAACGCCCCUCUCCAACUAUUUUCCUCCAACUAUGGUAGGACAUCCGUUAUGUGACGGUGGAGCGUCAUUCGGCGAACGUGGAAGGGAGUCCGACAAAACUCGGACGAGACAAGCGAAUGUGGUGUUUAUGACAACGGUCAAAGUUCAUCUUCGAAAAGCCAAGCUGAUGUUUUUCUACACUCGCUACCCCAACUCUAACGCUGUUGAAAGUCGUACUUCCCGGAUGUUCGAUUCAACAAGAACAACACGGCACAAUUAG